UCCAUCACUCAUCUCGCCGCCUUCUCCGAUUCCUUCCCCCAAUUUCCUUAUAAUCUCUCAAAUUCUGACCUCCAUUUCACAAUCAAAUCAAGCUUCAAUUCAUCACAAUCUCCAAAUUUCGAUGUGUAGAUCCACGGAUUAUCGGAUUCUCGGCAUCGAUCGCCUCAACAUCAAGGCAUUCUUCGUUCGAUUUUCGCAUCUGGAACCUCUUAAUCCUCUGCCGGACUCGCUCACUCUCUUCUACCUCCCUCGCAUUGACGAGACCCACCUUGAAAUCGACGGCCUCAAGAUCCGCCCGGACUCGCCCGCGUUCGUCACUCUUCACCGAGUUGUUUCCCCGUCGUUGAGGAUGAGGAAGGAUGUGGUGUUUGGGAGUAGGGAGCGAGUUCGAGCGAGCGAAGGCGUGCAGUUUCAGGUGCAUUUGAGGGAGGAGAAGGUGGUGCAUGGGAUUUUUAGGAAGGAUGACGACGGAGAGUGGCGAUUGGAGUGUAGAUGCGCGCUUGAAUCUCAGAUUGAUGGAGCGGCGACGGCGGCGGAGGUUUGCGUGGAUGUGGAAGGACGAGUAGCGAUGUUUGCGAAGGUAGUUCUAGAAGUGAAAAGGAAGAAGAAGAGAGGGUUUUGUGGAUUGGAGGAGAUACCGGAGGGACGAGAAGUGGACGGCGGUGAUUGCGAGGGAUGUGGUUGUUGUUGUGGAGGCGAUGGAGAUUUGUCGGAAAAUGACGGCGGCGAUGAUGACGGUGAAGACGGCGGAGAAAAGGAAGUGGAGAUGGAGGUGGAAGGGGUCCGAUGGGCCGUAGAUUUGGGGAUUUGGGCCGUGUGUUUGGGCGUUGGAUAUUUGGUAUCGAGGGCGGCCCAGUCCAAAACAUUGAGACGUAAACGAAUUUUCUGAAGCAUUGAGGAAAAAAUAUUAUUUUUGUUUUUUCGGGAUUUUUUAUUUUAUUUUAUUUUUUUUUAAUUACGAGUUGUUGAGAAUGUUUUUGUUGUACUUGUAAAUGAACAAUUUUUUUUAUAAUACAAACAAAAUAAUUUUAUUGAAUUGCAAUUAAUUUUAUUGAAUUGCAAUUCAAUUUGAUCACUAA